CGGGCUUCUGCGGAAAGAAGUUCACCGGGGAGGCGUGGGCGAGAUAAGGACCGGUCGGGUCGUAUCAAAUGUAAAAAUGUCUGGGUCUGGAAAGUUGGAACUUGUGAUGCUAACUUUGGAGUCUAAAAAAAUCUGUAUUGCAUGACCAGCAAGAGGAGCCACAUUUGUGCUACGCGAGGAGGGCAUUUGUCAUGCGGAAAUGGCAUCAGGAAGCUUUCCAAAAAUCUGUGAUGCUGGGUCAUGCAUUACAAGCAUCAUGGGUCAUGCCAGACAAGCAUGACAAGCCUUCCAUUCUUCCAGACCCAGACAUUUUUACAUUUGAUAGGGUCGUGGUCGUCGUGCUGGGACGACUUGAUUCGUUGUCGUGACAUCAUGAUUGCAAUCCGCGCUAGCUCUGCUCCUCUACUAACAUCGCGUUUAAGGUGAAUGAAGAUGAAAGGAGGGCGUUUUCAAAUCACUAGCGCCAGCGCUACAACACGAUGAAAAUGGAAUCAUGAAGCGCUAUUGUACAUCAUGCCACAGAUGUUUAUGUAGGCAUUUUUUGUUGUUGUAAAAUGUAACAAAAUGCAUUGGCACUCGUCGGGAUCAAAUAUCACGGGCGAGAAAGUCACCUUCUAGUGUUGUUUCGGCGAACGCGCACAUUUUGUCGACGAUGAUUUUUCUUCGUUUUUGGUCUCGCUGCUUCAUCUACUUUCUUCUGCAGCCGAACCACCUGCGUCAAGAUGGACAUCCGGUCUUUCUUCUUGUCGGAGCAAGGGCAAAGACAGUCGACCUCGACACAUCAACAGAUGAACAGCAACUGAAACACGAGGUGGCGCCUGGCGACCUACUAGAAGCUGACCGAAUUCGAUCUUCGAUGGAGAGGAAGACUAGCAACUCUAAAGAGGUGGUCGUCUUGGAGAAAAUGAAUCUUCCGGUAGAUCGUGAGAUCGUUUCGGCGCUGCAACAUCAUGAAGGUGUCAACUCUCAACGAGCCCCUUCGGGCCCGGUAGAUGCGGGGGCCGUAAGAACACCCUCUAUUGCAGCACAUGCACACGACUCUCCCCCGGCGAGCACUUCUUUCCUCUUCUCCGCAUCGCAAAACGAGCAAGACCAGGGGAGCAAAAGAACCAGAACGGAGAAAUUCCACCUCGAAGAAGAAGAACGUCACAGCCGGGACGAUGAAAAGAACGACGAUCCCCUGGAGGUGCCUUCAUCUUUGCAGGACGCAGUCUCCAAGACCGUCUCUGAUGUAGAUGUGGUCCGGCCCGUCGGCACCUCGCUCGGCCAAUCGAUCGCGGCGGGAGCAAAAGAAGAUUUGUGGGCUGCCUUCCUCAAGAUUUUUCUCAGCUUUUUGGGGGUCGGCAUCCUGGCGGGCGCCGUGAUCAUCGUGCUGGUGUGCUACUUCUGUGGUUGUUCUUGCCCCCGGCGUGAAGAUGGUGGUGCAUCUUCUUCUUCUAGUGGCACUCACCAAAUAAAAAGCGAUGUCAAGACCACAACGACUGCUAUGGAGCAGGACGCCGUAGUGACCACGCGGGCUCUGCAGCAGCAAGACCAGGAUACGGCCGCAGGAGCGGACCACGCGGGGUAUGAAGAUCAGGGAGCAGCGUACGGAUCGAUAUGACAACCCGUGUGGAGCAGCUGCAGCGUAGUAUUGCCAGGGUGUGGAGUAGCUGAUGGUCACGGACGCACGCCGCGAAAGUGAGCUGAUUUUUGUGGAAGAACAAUUGUCGAACUAUGAACACUGACACUCCUAAGCUGUUGAAGUCCAUCCUUCCACUGACACACCUGAAUGGCAUCAAAUAAACGCCGUCUACUACGGUUGCCCGCGUCGUACAAAA